AUUAUGAAAACCUGUUGCUGUGGUUUCUGGUGUUUCCCGUGCAUGCAGUGCCAGACUGCCAGUAAGCACGGCUGGUGUUGCCUCAUGCCGUGCCUGGACUUCUGCUGCGUGGUGUCCUGCGUCCUCCGCUCCUCCAUCAGAGAGCGCUACGCCAUCCCUGGCUCGUGCUGCAACGACUGCUGUAACAUCUUCUGGUGUUACCCGUGUGUCUGGUGCCAGAUGAACCGCGAGCUGAAGAGCAGAGGCCCGCUGUGGCGGCCCACUGAAACUGUGGUCACCACACAAGCCUGGAUUUAAGAUGCAAACUGUCUUUUUUGUGUGUUUUCUUUGCAUUUGUGACGUUUAACCCAUGAGGUCUGUUCUGUCAUGGAGCCUCAACGCUUAUGUUCCACAGUUCAUUUCAGAGGUGCCUUGCAAUGCUCAAAGAAGAUGUUCGGUUCGUUUAAUAAUGCUGUUUAAACAUGUUCAUGCUCCACUUAAGUAAUUGGACUCAAUUAAUUUGAUUCUCUUGAAGUAAUAAAAAUAUUUGGUUCAGCACAAAG